GUUAGUAAGGAAGAAGUGGAUGAAAGAGAAUUGAUGCGAAGUUAAUAAUUUUCUACCUAUUCAAAAUCGAACUAGAAGAAAACUACAUAAUCUUUUAUGUAAAAUUCUUAUUUGAAUUUUUAGGAAAUUUAAAUCGCAAAUGGUUGAUUCAGAUGAUGAUGUAAAUGAUAAAGUAGAUGAGAAGAAAAAUAAUAAUAAUGAUGGCGAAGAGGAAGUUUUAAAAGUAUGGACUUCAUCAAAUAAAAACAAAGAGUCUCAAAAACAAAAGUAGAUUUAGUAAGAUCAUGUUGAAAAAGAAGAUAUAGAUAAUUUAAAGCCACUAGAUUAUGAAGAAGUCUUAAGACAAAGUUAAAUAAAUUUUAAACUUUAAAAAAAUAACAUCUAAAAAGAUAAAUUAAUUAAUAAAUCUAUCACUUUAGUGGAUUCUGAAGAUGAUGAAUAAUCAAAUAAAGAGGAAUUAGCCGAUUAAGUUAUUUAAGAAAUUGGAUAAAUUUCUCAUUAAGAAAGUGAAGUCACUGCUGAAAAUAGAAUUAUGAUGAGUGUUAUGUAAACUAAACUAACUUAAUCAAUUUAAAAAUAAUUUAAAUUGCAAUAGUCUAUAAACAAUUCAUCUAAACGGAAUUAAUAAGAUGAUAUUUUAAAAUCUAAAAUUGUUUUUAUUGAUUAAAGACCUGUAAUUGUUAGAGAAGAUGACCUUUAUAUUCGUAAAAUAAAAAAAAUUCAAAAUUAUUUCAGAUAUGUUAAGACUUAUCAAAAACUUAAAAAAUAACAUAGGUAUAGAGGAUUUGUAAUAAAUGAAUUAAUUUAAACAGAAAAAAAAUAUGUUAAUGAUCUUUAAAUUAUUAAAGAAAUUAUAUUAAAACCACUUUUAAAAUUAAUUGAUUCUUAGGAUAAUGUGAAGUUUAUGUUUAAUUUGGAUAGUAUUUUAUAUUUUAACCAAGAAUUUUUAGAAAAACUUAAAGGCUAAGAAAAUAAUGUAAGAUGGAAACCUUAUGCUUAAAUUAUGGGUGAAGUUACUGUUUUAUUAGCAGGUUUUAAAUUUUAUUAUGAUUAUUGCAGAGAAUUUGAUGCUUCGAAUAAAAUGAGAGUUCAUUAUUUUAACACUAAUUAAGUAUAUAAAAAAUUUUUUAUUGAUCUCGAUAAUAAUAAAUCAAGUUAGCUCAAUAGCUAAAAUAUUGAUAAUUAUUUGAUUAAACCUGUUUAGAGAUUGCCUAAAUAUAUUUUACUAUAUAAAGAUUUAUUAAAACAUACAAAUGAAGAUCAUCCAGAUUAUAAAAAUAUUUCUUCAUGCUUGAAAAUUUUUUAAGAAAUUAAUGAUAAAAAUAAUAUCGAAAUGAAGGUUCAUCUAGAAUAAUUAAAAUUAAUAGAGCUUUAAAAUUUAUUUGGCUAAUAUAUUAAAAUAGCUGAACCUAAUAGAGUUUAUAAUUUUGAAGAAGUUUGCUCUAUUUAUACAGAUAAAAAAGAGAAUAAUGUAAUAUUAUAUGCAUUUAAUAAUCUUUUAUUAUUCACUUAAAAGAAACAAAAUGGAUAGUAGACUUAUACUUUUCAUAUUUAACUUACUUAUCAAUCUUAUAUUAAAGAUAAAGAAGAUACAAAAUAUUUUGAGAACUUUUUUGAAGUUGUUAAUAAGACUGAAUCAAUCAUCAUAAUUAAUCAUGAUAAUGAAUCUAAAAAAUAAUUAAUGGGUAAGAUUUAAGACAUCAUAUAGUAGUUAUAACAAAAAUAAACAACUAUGGAAAAUUUAAAAAAAACUACAAGUUUUUUAGAUGUUAGUGAUGCUUCAAAAGAAUAAAAAUACUAAGAUAUUGAUUAUGAAAUAAAGGUAAUAAUAAUUGGAACAGAAAUAAGAUACACAAAAGCAAAUCCUUACACAGUUUAUGUUAUUUAAAUCUAUAUUUAAGAAUAUUAAACAAAAAUAUUUGUAAGAUAUAGUUAAAUAGUUUCUCUAUAAUCUAUUGUGAAUAAGUACGAUUCAAAUUUAAAAGUUCCAGUUUUUUCAAAACUAAAUUGGUUACAUUCAAAUGAUUCUAAAGUAAUAGAUGAGAGAAAACUAUUGAUUGAAAAAUUCUUAUCAUCAGUAUUAAAUUCUUCUAAAUGUCAAAAUACAAUUGAAUAUUAAAAAUAGAUAUUAGAACUAUUAAGUUUAAAUAAAGAAUUUUUUUAAAUCCCAAAAAAGAAGAUUAUGGCUUCUUAAGAUAAAUUUGGAGAGGAAGAUAUGAUGAAAAUAAUAUUAUAGAGUCAAUUUUCAAAUGCAGUUAAACCAAAUUUACUUUAAUCAAUGAUUCUGAAUAGAUAAUCAACAAAUAUAAUGUAAGCAGCAAAAGCAUAAGCUUAGAGAUAAAGUUUACAAAGUUUGGAAUAAGAUAAUUCUGCAGUGAUUGGAUAGGCUGCUUCUAAAUAGCCAUAUUGUAUAGAAGUAAGUUUAAUGGAUGGUCGUAAAAUUGAUAUUGGAUUUUAAAAAUAAACCUUAACAUUAUUCAUCAAAAAUGAAGUUGCUAAAUUCAUUGGGUUAAAAUAAUGGCUAGAUUUUAGAUUAUUUAUAGUUGAUUAAAAUAAAGAUCAAAGAGUUAUAGAUGAUGAUGAAACAAUGUCAUCAAUAUUAGAUGCUCAUUCAAAUCAAAGUAAAGGUAUGAUUAAUGCAUUUAAAAAGUUAUUUACUUAAGAAUAAAAAUUUUAGUUUAUUUUUAGAAAAUAUUUUUAUUUACAUUGGAAGUAGGAAGAAGCGGAUUACAAAUAAGAUGAAUAAAGAUUAAGAUAUAUUGUAUAUGAUUUAAUUUGGGAAACAAGAAAUGAAAAAUUUUAAUUUAAUUUCAAUGAGUUUUGUUUGAUUACUGCACUAUUUUACUAUUCGACAAACACAAGUUCAAAUUAAAUUUCAAUGCUCUUAACAAAAGUAAUACCUAAAAACAUUUUUAAAAAUAAAAAAGAAGAAGUUUGGAUUAAAGAAAUUGUUAAUAAUAUUAAUACUUUACAAUAGCAGUUAAAAUAAAUGCAAAAAUAGAACUAACAAUCUUUAAUUAAUAAAAACAAAAACAUUUGUACCUCCAUAUCAGGAUUAGCUUAAUUAAUGAUUAUGGAUUUCUUUAAAACUAAAUCCCUUUUUGGAAUGUCAUAAUUUUUUGUAGAAUGCAAUAAAUAAACAAUAUAACAUAUUUAUUUACAUUUUAAUGUAAAAAUUAACAGCAAUAUCUUUAUUGGAUUAAAUUAUUCUGGAUUUCAUAUUCUUAAACCAGAAAACAAAACCAUAGGUUUUACAUGUCUAUAUGAGAAAAUGACAGAAAUGAAAGCUUGUACAACAGAAUUUUGUUGUACCAUUAAUGACAUUAAACUUACAUUUAAAACUUAAUUUCCCUAUGAAGUAAAAUUUAAAUUAAUUUUUUUUAGAUAAAAUCAUUGAUUAAAGAGUAUUCUCAAUUGCGAGAAUUCACAAAUCAAUUAGCAUAAGGUAUAAAUUGA